AUGAAGAAAUUGGGUGUAGUCGUCGGCGUUACUCGGAGGGACAUCAUGCCACUUCUCAAGGGAAUGCGCAGGUCUGAUCCCUCGGACACCGCCUUCACCGCAUACGAGAGAGCAAACAAAGACCUCUACGCAAUCCUUUUCUGCCUCGUCAAACUGCCGGCUGCACUAACCGUACACAAGCACGAAGACGACACCGGCCUUAGCGGCGACGGGCAGGCAGCAUUCGCGGAACUGAAGGCCAACUACAAUCGAGUGACAGAUGAAGUGAUCAGGGCUAAACUGGACGACCUGGAAAGGACGGUCACGGAGCCAGGAGAGAACCCGGACGAUUUUUUCAACACGAAACAUCGUCUCCGCUCUCAACUAGAGAAAAUGGGGGAAACCAUCUCCGAUCGCCGCUUCAAGGACAUCUGUGUGCAAGGUUUCUCCGAGGACUACAAGGACAUCAAGAUGAUGGCUUUCCGCGACCUAUCAUUCGACGUACAACAGAUGCAAGCCACCAUGCGCAACAUCUUCUUUGACGAGCUAACGCGCAAGAGAACCAAGGGCCACAUCGCUGGCCGCGGAUUCGCCAUGGCUACCAAGACAUCUGGCCCCAUCUGCUUCGAGUGCAACGAACCCCAAGGAGCCAAGCGACACGAACGCGCGGGCAAGGCCUUUUCUGCAUGCACACACUGCGUGCACUGCGCAACCCAGUCAGGAGACACACACGCCAAGCCUACCACAACGGAAACUCCCAAAGAAACAGAGAAGACCGAGAAGGCAGACAUCGACUUCUCUUACGACGAAGAUGCAUUCAAGGGUGGAUACAUGUACCAUGCUACAUGCAGCAAGGGAAGCGGACGCACUUUCACGACAACUGCAACUGGGACUUCCGCGCUGGUGGAUUCUGGAGCUUCUGAGACAAUUUUCGACAACCGCCUCAUCCCGAAUGGACGUCUCGAAGAAGAACGUCCGACGCCCAAGAUCAUCGACGUUACAGGAGAAAGCCAACUACGAGGCACUACCACUGGGAUCCUACACUGCACCAUCAAAAACGACAAAGAACAGCAACUACCCGUCAAGCUACAUGGUAUCAUCGUGCCAGGACUAGGCCGGCACAUCUUCACACCAACGGCCCUUCUCAAGAAGGGCCUCCGAUGUGUCCUGGAAGACAAGACCCCACACCUCACCAUCGGCGGAGAAGUCGUCGUUCCUCUGAAACAAGAGACUCAAGACCAAGGCAUGUGCACCCUCGCGAUCACAUUCAAGGGCGAUCCAGCGUCGACAAGCAAGACACCCCCGAACAACCAAGAACCAGGGCGCAAGCCGAAGUUCCGAAAACCAGAAGCGGUACAGAUCGAUCACACUCCGCACGCGACAUGCUCAGUGGCGAUGAGCGUGAGCGCCGACCUCUGGCACCGGCGCCUCGGCCACAUCAAUCCAAGUGCUAUGGAGAUCUUGAGGCGCAACCCCGCCACAGAAAGGGAUGGCCAGACACUUGCGGCUGUGACUCGAGCUCUACUGCGCGAUGGAGACUUCCCAAACCACAUGUGGGGGGAGCUCAAGAUUACUGCUGCAUACCUGACCAACAGGACCCCACACGCGGCGCUAGGGGGAGCCACGCCGUAUUCCAAGAUGUACAACACAACCCCGGACCUUUCUCGACUUCGUGCCAUCGGCGCCCGCGCGUUCGUUCAUCACGAGCGAUACAAGAAGAAGCUAGACGACCGGGCCUUUAAAGGCAAGCUCUGCGGCUACGGACCGGACAGCAAGACGACGUGA